AUUCCGUCGAGAUCCGUCGAAAUCCUACGUCCGAUCCGUUUCCCUGCGGAUAAGAAGGGUUCAUGUGCAAAGAACGAAAAAAAUAUCCCUCGAGUCUGAAAUCCUCCCAUCCUUGGAACCAUGUCUCUGCUUCCAUUCCUAUAUCCGCUCCGAUUUACUCUCCAUACACACCCGCAUCCCAAGCCAAUGGUCUCUCCCUUUGGCUCUAAAAAUUACACCACGUAUCGUUCUAUGCGAGAAGCUCCUAAAUUUUGGUGCUCCAGUUCCAGAGAAGGACCUAGAGAAUUCUGCUCGAAGGAGAAUAUGGGAGGGAAAGAGUGCGAAAUUUUCCGGCCAUGGGACGUUCCAUGGGAUUGGAAGGUCACGGCGUGUGUCAUGAUGCCGUACUUGAUGAGCGCUAUUUUCACAGGAUUCACGCAGUCAGGAGGACCAGAUGGAUUACUGAAGCCUUACUCUGAGACCAUGCUCUCUCAAAUACAUAGCACUGAUGAAAUAGCAAUGCAAUUGUUUAUGGAUCAGCUGUUAAAGUCAGCUGCCAAGCUUUCAGUUCUGUACAUGUUUGUCAUGCCACACCAGCCAUUUCCAGAUGACAUCUUUUCUUUUAGAUGGGGACGACCAUUCAAUCUCCAGAAUGGCUGGAUUCUGUGGGCAAGUGGAGGUUUAAUAAUUGCUUGUUUUGCUGUUUUUCUUGUUAAAGCUUUAAUAUCUGGGUCCAGUGCUGGUCAGACACCAAAUCAGGCAGAAUUUUUGGGACAGUUGCUGCCAUUCAUUGAUUCAUCAGAUCUCAGCACUUGUUGUCUACUUGGCACCUUGGGUAUCCUUGCCCCAGUUUGCGAGGAGACAGUGUAUCGUGGCUUUCUGAUGACAUCCUUAACAAAAUGCAGGUUUCCUCUUCCUGUCUCAGUGGCUUUGAGUUCUGCAUUAUUCACUAUUGCACACCAUUCUCCUGGAAAAUCUAUAGAAAUUUUUAUUUUUGGAUUGUUGCUAGGGCUGGUGUAUGCUCAUACACGAAAUCUUCUUGCUCCAAUUACAAUGCAUGCAUGUUGGAAUGCUGGUGUCAUUAUCAUCCUUACUUAUCUUCAUUCACAAGGACAUGAAAUCCAGAAGUAUGUUCUAUGAUUUGAUUACUAGCGCACCACUGCUUAAUGGUAUUGGAUUGGCACUUUUCUUACAAGGCUUGGUGCUCAAAUAAACUGUAACCACCAUAUGAGCAGAGGACUAAAUAUUUCCUAUCAGCAAAGUGGCAUUAUGGUGAUGCUGUUAGAGAAAUACCGAGCUCAAGCAUCAAGAUAGAAGAUCAAGGAAAUUAAAUUUGGAGAAUAUAAGCUUUUCUUCCUAGAGUAGAUUGUCGAAUCUGGGAUUGAGGCAAAGGAGAUGAGCAGGAUCUUACUCCAGAGUGUGAUUCCUAUGGGCCUCAUGAACAGCAGUCCUGUGGUUCACUUGCUGUAUGCUCUGUCUUUGAUACUAAACCUCACUUUCUGAGUUUCCCCCUUGGAACAAAGAUUCCUUUUAGUUUAUAUUAAUUGUUAAAAGAUUCCUUUUAGUUGAUAUUAAUUGUUAUGCCCUUGGGCUUUGGACAGAC